AUGGCUGCCAAUAAUCAAUUAUAUCAUAUUUCAUUGGCAUUGCUUUUUUGCUUUGGAUUGUGGACUAUUCAAGUCACUUCUCGUACUCUCCAAGAUGAUUCAAUGUAUGAGAGGCAUGAGCAAUGGAUGAGUCAAUAUAACAAAGUCUAUAAGGAUCAUCAAGAAAGGGAGAAACGUUUCAAGACAUUCACCGAAAACGUGAAUUACAUCGAAGCUUUCAACAAUGCUGAGAAUAACAAAUCAUACAAACUAGGCAUUAAUGAAUUUGCAGACCUCACUAACGAGGAGUUCAUAGCAUCUAGGAACAAAUUUAAGGGACAUAUGUGCUCCUCAAUCACAAGAACAACUACUUUUAAAUACGAAAACGCAAGUGCAAUCCCUUCUACAGUGGAUUGGAGAAAGAAAGGGGCAGUGACACCUGUGAAGAACCAAGGACAAUGUGGGUGUUGUUGGGCGUUUUCUGCUGUUGCGGCAACCGAAGGAAUUCAUAAGUUAAGUACUGGAAAAUUGAUCUCUUUAUCAGAACAAGAACUUGUUGAUUGUGACACAAAAGGUGAGGACCAAGGUUGUGAGGGUGGUCUUAUGGAUGAUGCUUUCAAAUUCAUCAUUCAGAAUCAUGGACUCGACACGGAAGCCGAAUACCCCUAUCGGGGUGUUGAAGGAACAUGCAAUGCAAACAAAGCAUCCAUAUAUGCAGCUACUAUUACAGGGUAUGAAGAUGUCCCUGCCAACAAUGAGCAGGCGCUGCAAAAAGCUGUGGCAAAUCAACCGAUUUCAGUAGCCAUUGAUGCUAGUGGAUCUGACUUUCAGUUUUACAAAAGUGGUGUUUUUACUGGUUCAUGUGGAACUGAGUUGGAUCACGGUGUCACUGCCGUGGGCUAUGGUGUCAGUAAUGAUGGAACCAAAUAUUGGUUGGUUAAGAACUCAUGGGGAACUGAUUGGGGUGAAGAAGGAUACAUUAUGAUGCAAAGGGGAGUCGAAGCUGCUGAAGGCCUAUGUGGCAUUGCGAUGCAAGCAUCUUACCCUACUGCAUAA